UUGUAAUUAAUAAUUAAAUACAUUUUUCACGAAUCAUAAUCAUAUAGUCUCCAGUUUAAUAUUAAAAUUUGUGCUAAUUAACAUCGGGUAACUAUAAUAUUGCUAAAUAGCAUUUGUCCACCGUUAAAUUUUGUUUGAAAAAAUGAAUAUUCAAAAUGAAGGUGAGGUCCAUGUUAAAAUGUUAACAGAUGUUUGCCAAAAUGUAUGUACAUUUAUUAAAACGAUGACAAUAACUAAUAUGUCAAAAAUUGAAACUAAUGAUUUGCAUUGUGUUUGUUCUAAAUUGAAAAUUAAAUUAGAACAAAUUAAUGAACAAGUUAAAACAUUAGCAAGUUUGUUAAAUUUUAGUACUGACCAAGAUUUGUCUGCUGUGGAUAUAUUGGCUCAAUGGAUUUUAUCGCUUUCAAACAAAAAUACUCAACAUGCUAAAAAAAGAAAAUUAUAUUCAUCAUAUUCACCUCUAAAAUUAUCUCUUAAAGAUAAAACUGAAUUUAAUGAAAGUAUUAAAAAAAAAUCUGAAAAAGAAAACAAAAUAAAAUCUCAAGAUAAAUUAAAUAAUUUUUGGAAAUUACAAGUUAAGCGUGAUGGAAAUCCUUCAGAUUUAUUAAAGAAAUCCAAACAAACAACUUUAUUGCUUCAACCAAAAAAGGAAAAGGUAAAAAUGGAUAUUACUACUUUCAGUAGUCCAACACCUAAAAUAUCUAUAUUAAAUUCUUCUAGUUCGCUUAGUCCUGAAAUGUUUAAUUUCAAAAAUAAUACAACUAAAGAUAUACGUGAAACAAAUAUAAUUUAUAACACACAACUAAAUGAUUUGGAUAAUACAUUUUCGAGUAAUUUUAAUAAAAUGAUGAAUCCUAGUAAAAAUAUAUUAUCUAUAGUAAAAACAAAUACUUUAAAAUUAAAAGAAACUAGUAUUUCACAUGAUAAAACUGAAAAUCACAUUCAAUCAAAUGAUGAAACCAAUUGUAGUCCUAUCAAUAUAUCAAUGAGUAUAUUAAAUAAUGCAACAACACUUAAAAAACAAAGCAAAAUUCCUAAUAGUGAUUUAUUAGACAGUUUUGAUAUCAUUCCUGGUCUAAAUGAUAAAAAAAAUGAUUUACCAAAUUACAAAUUUAAAGAAGAUCCUGUUAGAAAACAUAAUGAACGAAAAUUAUUAAAUGGUUGGGAUUGUAAAGACUGUUGCAAAUUUUAUGAAGAAAAUAAUGAUAAUCCUAUAGACGCAAAAAAUGCCAUGAAUCACUUUUCAAGACAUCGUUCUGUUAAACAUCAACAUCAUGCUCCAACACCUCCAGGUUUUUGGGAUCCAAUGUAACAACACCUAAGUUAUUUGAAGAAAAAGUUUUGGAGAUGGAGAACCUUGUGUUGGGUUUUUUAACCUUAG